AUGUGCCAAGAAGUGGUGAAUGAGGCAAGUACUGAAAACUUUCAAUUACUGAAAUUACUGGUGCUUGAAUUAAGACAGAGUAACAAACUGCUAAAAGAGAAAGUGAUUUUUCUUGAGGAAAGGCUGGAUGAGAAGGAAUCGGAAAUAGUAAAACUAAAGGUUAAAUCAAAUAUACCGAAGACGCCAACUAAUGAUGUCACCAUAAAGAUACCGGCGCCAAAUUUAAAAUCGCCGGCUCCGAAGCAAGGCAUAAAUAAGGAAAAUGAGGAAACUAAUGCAGGCAACUCAACAUACGCACAUGUAACAACAAAGAAUACGACACAAUCUGGCAACACCGAACCUGUCAAAAACCAGCAGACAAAACAUGCGGUAAAGAAAAGCGAAGCAAGUACAAGCAAAACAACAAACAAAGAAAAUGAUGGCUUUAUUGAGGUUAAAAGGAAGAAAAGAUUCAUAUAUGGAAAUAAUGAAAAUGUAACGUCCAACAAGCUCAGUGGUUAUAUUGCAAACUCUAACAUCCAUGUUUCUAGGUUAGAUUUAUCGCAUACAAAGGAAGAUGUAAUAGGAUAUAUAAGAGAAAAAAUACCAGAACUAAGGGAAAAAAAUAUUGAUUGUACAGAGCUGGAGGUAAAAACAAAGGCCUAUAAAAGUUUUAAAGUUUCAAUCCCAGCAACUCAGAAGAAGAAUGUCCUUAGUAAGGAAUUUUGGCCAAAUAAUGUCGCAGUCAAACUAUUCUGGGAACACAAAAAUUUUCGGAAGGAACCAAUAAAUUCGAACCAAACAUAA